CCCUCCAUCCCCCCUCGCGUCCUUUCGUACAAUGUUCUCGAAAGGACAAACUAAAAGCACCAAUGAUGGCUGACCAAGAGAGCCCGACAGCGACCCAUAAUUCGCCCCGAACGUGGCUCCUGACUGCCUCGCUAUCGCCCUUAGCCGUGCGUCUGAUCCGGCAGUUGUUGUCCCACGGCGACAACGUCGCGGCCUGCUUUCCUCCCCUGGAGAUUGAGCACGAGGAGAGAAGUGCCGAGUUUCGCGAGCUCAUCAACGAGUGCACUAGUGGGCGGAAGGACCGGGAGGGAUGGAAGGAGAGGAUCCGCGGCAUACGAUGCGAUGGGAGGACCAUGAGCGGCUGCGGCGCCGCUGUUGCCGAGGCCGUCGAUGUCUUUGGCAGGAUUGAUAUUCUCUUGUGCUGUCGGUCGGAAGCCGUUGUCGGUACCGUGGAGGAGCUGUCCACGAACCUCGCCACCCAGAGCCUGGCGAGGGACCAGUUCGAGACCUUGUUCUUCUCCCAGGUCAAUUUCAUCAAGGCCGCCCUGCCGCAGCUCCGGGCGCAACACACCGGCCACAUCAUGGUCCUCACGAGCACCGGGGGCCACAUCGGCACGCCGCACAUGUCCAUGUACACGGCGGCGACGUGGGCCCUCGAGGGCUUCUGCGACUCCCUAGCAUACGAGGUGGCGCCCUUCAACAUCAAGGUCACCAUCGUGCAGCCCAACAAGGAGAUCCAGUCGCUCACGAACCGCAUCACCUUUGCGCCGCAGAUCCCCGCGUACGCCAGCAGCUUCGCCGAGGCCCCCAGCGUUCGGGAGAUGCUAACGACCGUCCUCAACUCCCACCCCGACACGGCGGUGCCGCCUAAUCCGGAGUCGGACAAUGCCGCUACGUCACCAGACAGCACCUCACUGGAGCCGGGCGAAGCUGUGGGCGAGAUCUUCUACCGCUAUCCCAAACUGCCGGCCUCGUCCAUCGACAAGCUCGUCAACGAGACUAUUUAUGCACUGACGGCCAUUGGGGGCCACGAGAACCCACCCUCACGGCACAUUGUGGGGACCGAAGGCGCGCUCGCCGUCAAGGAGAAGCUCAAGACCGUCACGGAGGAAAUGGAGGAUUUCGUCGAGGCGAGCCUGGCCGUGGACAUCUUCGAGAGCGAGUUGACGGAGGAGGCCAGGGACGACAGGAAUCGCGGUGCCAGCCAAACACCAGCCGCGGGCAGCCAGACCCCUGCCACUGGACCCUCUAUCGACGGCGUCUAA